GCUGACUUAUUCAAACUGAACUGCACUACAUAGCGUAUGAAAUAGAAUUGAGAUUGAACCAAGAGGAAGCAGUUCUUCGGCGGAAAUACAAAAACUACAACAAAGAUGGCUGCGCCCGUGCCAGACGCGUUGGUAAGCACACACGUGGAGAAAAAGAAAAAGCAACCUAAUCGUUAUUGGGAAGAAACAAAGGAUGGAGAAAAAAAGAACGAAGAGCAAGGCACAAACCCUGAGGCCGCAAAAGAAGUGUCGGAGGAGAAAAACAACAAGCAACGACAGAUAAGGAAAAGAAAAUUUGAGGGAAAAUUCCUAUCAGGGAAAAAGGACCCUUUCCCUGGUGAGGCCCCUAUUCCAGAGAGUCAGCUGAAGAAGUUUCAGAGAGGAGAAAAAUUUCAGUUAUCUAAGGAAACAGGAAAGCGACUGAAAGAGACCAUCACAAGCAGUGAAAAGGCUUCUGAGCUGGCUCAGAAACAGGCAGCACGAUAUGAUCUGAUCCUCCCAGAGGAUGCUGGGUUCCUGGAAGGAGAUGAUGGUGAAGAUACAUGUACAAUAUUACAAGAGGAUAUAGCAGAUGCUGUAGAUAUUACAUCUGGAGCGAAGUACUUUAACUUGCAUUUGACCCAGUUCGGACCAUACAGACUGGAUUACAGUAGAACUGGACGGCAUCUGUUACUAGGUGGAAAAAGAGGUCAUGUGGCUUGUGUAGAAUGGCAGACCAAAAACCUCAUGUGUGAGAUAAAUGUAAUGGAAACAGUUCAUGAUGUCAAGUGGCUGCAUACAGAGGCCAUGUUUGCUGUUGCUCAGAAGAAAUGGCUUUAUAUCUACGACUCAGACGGCAUAGAGCUGCACUGCAUCAAAAAAUUUAACAACGUUCUACGUAUGCAGUUCCUGCCAUACCACUUUUUGCUCGCUACUGCGAGCGCCGCAAGUUACCUGCAGUACCUGGACGUGUCCGUAGGGAAGGAGGUGGCAACCAUCUUCACAAAAUCAGGCCGUCUUGACGUGAUGGCGCAGAAUCCCCACAAUGCCAUCAUCCACCUCGGCCAUUCCAACGGCACCGUCAGCCUGUGGUCACCCAAUCAGAAGGAGGCGCUUGUUAAAAUGCUGUGCCACCAAGGCGCAGUCCGGUCAAUUACCUUAGAUAAAACCGGCACGUACAUGGUGACAUCAGGUUUGGACCGGAGACUGAAAGUCUAUGACAUUCGAGCUUUUAAACCUCUUCACAGCUCCCUCUUGCCUGCUGGAGCCUCCUGCCUCUCGCUCAGUCAAAAAGGACUGCUCAGUGCUUCUACUGGAGAUGUAGUACAGGUGUACCGGGACGUAUGGGGAAGCAGUCCGAUCUCAAAGCCCUACAUGGCCCAUCGGGUGAGAGGAACAGUCUGGAGUGUUGGGUACUGCCCCUUCGAGGACGUCCUGGGAAUCGGACAUGCAGAAGGGUUCACCAGUAUGAUCGUACCAGGUGCGGGUGAGCCAAACUUUGAUGCUCUGGAUGUGAACCCAUACCGCAGCUCAAAGCAGAGGCAGGAAUGGGAGGUUAAGGCUCUGCUGGAAAAGGUGCAGCCUGAACUGAUUGGUCUGGAUCCAGGGCUUCUGGGUAAAGUGGACAAAGCUACCUUCGAGCAGAAACAUAAGGAGAGGGUGGAGGCAUUGGGUUAUGAUCCACUAGCAAAUGAAAAGUUCAAGCCCAGACAUAAGAAAGGCAGAAGCAGUACUGUGGAGAAGAGAAAAAAGAAGGUGGCUCACGAGGAUCAAAGGGACGAGAUUCGAAAAACCGUGGAAGAGAGAAUGGAGAAAGAAAAGGAGAGAAAAAAUAGUGCCAAGGAGCAAGCCAAGCUGGGGAAUAAGAUGGCACUAGAUCGAUUCAAAAAGUAGACUGACCUUAGAAAAGGACUUCAACAGAGAAUACAAUGACCACAGACUUUAUAUACAGUUUCGGGACACUUCAAAAAUGUUUUUUUCUUGAACUGUUUCUCUUUUGUGUUCGAUUUUUAGAAAACAUUGGGUUUGUAUAAGUAAAUGUUUAAUAAAUAACCCACAUGUGCCAUAAAUGAA